AUGAUGCAACAGGAGAAUACUGAAGCAAUCGCUGUUCAGCAGAUGGACGAGUCAGAGUUGACUGCAACAGAUAGAUCAGUAACCAUUGACAAAGCAAAUCGUUUCAGUUCGCGAAUAGCUCCAAUUGUUGGUCUUUGUUGCCUAGGUUUUGUCUUAUUUGUGAUUGUUUCAAUUAUUGUAUUGUCGCUAUUGCCGGUUUACCUAACUUCACGCGAUGUUACUGUUGCGACGAAGUCGGAAACUUACACUUUUGAUUUGCCGUUAAGUGAUGGAGUAACACUUAGUGUUGGUGAAAAUAAUGCUGAGCAAAGAGCAGUUUUACAGACUGCGUUACAAAAUCAAUUGGAUAGUGAUUCCACAACUAAAAGCAGCAAAAUUACUGUCGUCAGGGCCACUGGGAUUGCCAGUGCUAAACGACGCAAGCGACAAUCUCAAACACUAGCAAGAUUUGUUCGGAUUGUUGCAAUUCUGAAGUAUCUUCCUAGUGUGAGAAUCAGAAACGUAUUUAUUUCUAUUCUGAACAAUUUUGUUCUCACAGCAAGCAUAGUACAAGAAAUCGAAAGUCUAGCAACUGUAACGAAUAACACUGUUAUCAAUGGUACACGCAUUCUUUCUCGCCGAUCAUUAUAUGAAGGUGGUGCUCCAGCAGGCAUAGUUUACAUCGAUUCGCAUAAAAUAGCAGCAAAGAAAGGAAAUAUAACUAGUGUAUCAUUCUACAUCGAUCAAACAUGUGCCUUGUCAACUGUUGAAUUUGGUGCGUUUAAUCUGAUCAAUCGUGAUUUGGAACACAAUCGUGCUCAACUUCUUCUCACUGAAACAUCAGGUUCAUUAAAAAUGGGUGCUACAAAUGAAAUUAAGCCCUACAUGCAUUUGAUUACUAUUCAACUAUGUAAUGGUGAUGUAACGAAUAAUGAACGUACUGGAAACUGUCAAGGUACUCAAUUUCCUAUUCUCCCACAUCAAUAUCUGGGCAUUCGUUCGGAUAAAUGUCGACUUGGAUAUGCAUCAACACCAGUUGAUCGUGUGCUAGCUACAACAUGGGAACCUGAGAAUGGAUUGGAUGCAUUUGCUACACGAUACCAACAAUUUAAUUAUCUACCAUCUGCUUAUACUAUUCUUCAAUCAGUGACAAUCGAUUCCUUAGAAUCAAAUAUCAAAAAAAGUAUCGAAGGACAAAAAUCGAUGAUAAAUACUAUACCUCGUGUACUCUUUCUUGGUUCAUAUCCACCUCGUAAAUGUGGUUUAGCUACAUUCUUAGCAGACUUAACAGAAAAUUAUCCGGGGCCGUACGAUGUUAUAGCCGUAGAUGAGCCCACUGUUGAAGGAUCAAGUCGAAAUUAUACUGACAAGGUCAUUUUUCGCCUUAAUCAAACCAAUUCAGAUUCAUACUACACGGUAGCAGAUAUAGUGAAUUCAGGUGCAUAUGAUGUUUUCAAUUUACAACACGAAUUCAGUCUGUUUGGUGGAAUGUAUGGUGAAUAUGUGAUAAAACUUUUAGCUUCUAUAAGAAAACCUGUGAUCACCACAUUACAUACAAUUGUUUUAAAACCGAAUAAUUUCUUAAUGAGUGUGAUGCGCUCUGUUUGUGCUACAUCAUCACGUGUUGUCGUGUUAUCGAAUGGUGGUCGUCAACUACUUAUUGAUGUUUAUGGAGUGGAUGAGAAAAAGAUCUCAGUCGUUCCUCAUGGUGUACCUGAUAGUAAAUUUUCUCAUUCAUUAGCUGAUGCAAAGGUCAGUUUAGGGUUUGAAGAAAAUAUACCAAUGAUGGCUACAUUUGGUUUAUUACAUCGAAAUAAGAAUAUUCAAUUUCCUUUGAAAGCAAUGCAAACAAUAGUCAAAUCUAUUCCAAACGUAAUGUAUCUAAUUAUUGGACAAACUCAUCCACAAGUUCAAUUAUACGAAGGUGACUCUUAUGUUCAUGAACUUGAAAACAAUAUCACAGCAUUUGGCUUGACCAAGAACGUUCGAUUUGUUAAUAAAUAUAUGCAUGACGAUGAACUAAUUGCUUAUUUGGGUGCUGUUGAUAUUGUUUUAACUCCUUAUAAUUCUGUAGAUCAAUAUGUUAGUGGUGCACUUUCUUGGGCAGUGGGCGCAGGCAAAUGUGUGAUUUCGACUCCUUAUCUCUAUGCGACAGAAUUAUUAGAUAAUGGUCGUGGUUUUCUUACUCCAUUCAAUGACACUGCACACUUGAGUUCGUUGAUCAUUAAGCUAUUUCAAGAUACAAAAGUACGCGAUAGAGCUCGUCGAAAUGCUUAUGAUUUCGGUCGUAAUAUGAUCUGGCCCACUAUAGGUGCUAAAAUUGAAGAAAUUAGCCGCGAUCUAAUUUCCUCUGCAUAA